CUUUGGCACGUUUAGUCUCUAGUUUCACUUCGUUUUACUGUUGUCACGGUCCUUUCGGUUUCGGUUGCGUGUUCUAUCUUGUGAUUGUGUGUUACAUUGAAGUUAUUCCGGUUUACUCCUCACAUUCUAUAACACAUUCAAAGUAUUUCUUUGCUGCAUAUUAUUCGCAUCCUAGAUUUUUCUGUGUGCAAAUUUCAGUUGUGAGUCGACGUCAUUAUUGCCGAGCGCGGCCGAAACAAAAUGGCCGCAGCCGCGGCCGCCGCAUUGCUCGAUGAGCUUAUGGGUAGGAACAGAAAUGUUCUACCUAAUGAAAAACCCAAAGAACUUAACUGGGAGGAUCCUGAGUUUUGUAAGCUAUAUCUUGUGAAGUUCUGCCCUCAUGACUUGUUUGUCAAUACAAGAGCAGACUUAGGUGCUUGUCCCAGGAUGCAUGAUGAUGAAGCCAGAGAAUUGUUUGAAAAGGCGCCACCUUCGUACCGCAAGCAACAAUAUGAGGAUGAAUUCAUUAGGUACUGCCAGAGUAUGUUAAAUGAGGUUGAACGUAAGAUUGUGAAAGGAAAACAACGAUUAGCCUUGAUUGGUAGAACAGAAGCGCCAACAUUGACCCUGGCUCAAACACAGAAAAAUGAGGAACAAAUUGCUUUAUUGACAGAGAAAAUAAACAAAUUAGUGGAUGAGGCAGAGCAAAGUGGAAUUCAGGGUAAUGUUGAACAAGCACAAGGCUUGAUGCGUCUUUGUGACCAACUAAAGGAAGAACGGGAAACUUUAAAAAAGUCCAAUGAUAAUAGUCAUUAUAAUCAGACUGCUGAAUUAGCAGCUGCACAAGAAAAGCAGAUGGAAGUAUGUGAUGUUUGUGGUGCGUUCCUCAUUGUCGGUGAUGCUCAACAACGAAUUGAUGAUCAUUUAAUGGGAAAACAGCAUGUGGGUUAUGCAAGAUUGAAAAGUGCCCUUCAAGAAAUUAUGAACAAACGUGAAAAAGCGCGUGAUGAGAAAGAGCAGAAGAGAGAGGAAGAGCGAAAACAAAGAGCGCGUGCGAAUGAAGAAUUAGAUAGGCGGCGAAGAGAUGGUGACAGAGAUAGAGAUCGUGACAGAGAGAGGGACAAACGUCGUAGACGUAUAGAUGAUGAUAAACGCCGUGACUCGAGCAGUCACAGAAAUUCCGGGCAUAGAAGUAGAAGUAGAUCGCGGGAUAAACAUGAACGUCAUCGUGAUGAAGAUAGUCAUCGCCGUCAUAACCGAGGAAAUCGUGAUCAUCGGGGUACCAGCCACCACAGCCGACGCCGACACCGCUCGCGAAGCCGAAGUCACAAGUAACUUCUCUUGAUUGGUUAGUGAGUGAGAAGUAAGCCAGGUAUGCACCAAACAAUAUAACCAUAUUCGUCUCAAUUACUGUACAGGUAUUCUUUCGAUCCAGGUGAGUUGCCAUUCCGAUGCACAUAAUACAUAUACAUGAUAAUAUAAUCUGUGAUGUUUGAAGUGCCGCGUAAGUCACACAGCAAGUUCGUCUCGUUUUCUCUCUCUGAAACACACUCUAUCUCUCUCCGUCUCUCUUUAUCUGACUUUCCAUUAAUUCAUCUAUAUGACAAGUCGUUUCUCGUGAAGUAAAAUUUGAUGAAGAAGUUGAUCUGAGGCCGCCGUUGUUCUCUUAUAGUACAUCACGUUCCUCUUUAUCGUUAAAAGUACGAGUCGUAAUUAACGGUGCGUAAGUCAAGUGUGUAAGGUAGUAACUGUGAGAGGUAGUUAAAAUUGAUAGGCUAAAGAAUCUUGAUACUUAUCGUUGUAGGUAGUACCGUAGAUAUCUAUAAUGGACGAAAGAACUCAGUGCAACAAUGGUCUAAUUCGCUUUUCUGACUUGUCAGAAUCAAUGUUGAACACAAGAAAAAUCAACUUCAUCGAAAAGUCAGACCGUAUUGUUGCAGUGGUUUUGAAAAGAAUCAUUUUUACAAAGUGUUUCGAAUAAAUUCAUACUCAUUAACAAUUAAUCAUAGUUAUCAUAUUGAUCGGAUGCUAAAAUAAUUGCAAAAAUAGUAGUAAUUAAUACCUGUGUGUGACAGUUACUUGAUUAAUAGUUUCCUUAAUCGUGAUUACUUUAUUAAUUAUUUGUUAAAGUGAUUGCGAUAGUAAUAGAGAUUAUACUACCCGAUAUUGAUAGAGAUGCAGUUGUCUAACUGAUAUUACAUCCCGUGCACUUUCUUUGUAUACCAAGCAAGCUGGGAGAAGGUAUACCUACGCUUGCUUCCACCAUUAUAAUUCUGUAUCCGAGAAGUGAAUGGACAUAGGUCCAAAAAGUUACCUUUUUUCCAGGAGAACUCGUGAACUUAUCCGAAUUCAUGGAAUCGUGGAUACACAAUUUUAAGACGGAUCAACAAAUGAGCUUGGAUUAAUAUACAAUCAGGUUGACAUUCAUAUUUGGAAUAAUAUAGACCUACAGUUCAUAUAUACCUAUUUCGGGAUAAAACCGACUGCUUUACAAAAGCUGCUAUACAAAAGUGCUUUUUUUUUCUUUUUUCAUAGUAACAUGAACUUAUCGCGUUGUUUCCAGAUAAUUGAAUUUCGAGAGCUUCAGUUGGAUUUGCUUCGUUUUGUAACUUAUGAGCUCGUAUUUCCCAUUGUGAAGGAUAAUUUUGGAUCUCAUUCCUCUCUGCUUCUCGGAAUACGGAACUGUCUUUCGUAGGUUCGUUAAAAUUGCUCGCGCGUCAAUAAAAGAGAGGGAGAGAGAGAGAGAGAAAGAGAUUUAGUGAUUUAGUGUGGAGAGGACACAGCUCUCAGUGCCCGCUUCGUAGAGCUUCGUCCACGACUGCAAAUGCACGAGUGCACAACUACGAGUGUGCCCUGCAAACGUGUGACUGUGACUAUACGAAGCUCUAGCUUCUGCCACGCAAUUGACGAGGUAUUUAUGCCGGAAUGAUAAUAUCAACACAUGUCCUUCUGUCCAGGAGAAUAUUCCCCUUGCUUCCGUUCUCGAGUAUGUUUUCUCCGAGUCUUUGGCGAAUUAGGGAUCUGACGAUUGUAGGCACGUUUAUAGAUAGUACAGGAAUUCUCGAAUUUCUGGUGUAUAGGGUGACGAUCUCUCUUCGUAUAAAGACUGUGACAAUAACGAGACUAAGACAUUUACUGUUUUCUAAAGAGGAAGUAAGACUAACACUAAAAAUCGCAUUAUUUCUAUCGUAAAGAGAAUAUAUCUAGACGAAAAGAAGACCAUUUUCUUUUGAUACAAGAAAAUGAACAUCAACGGAAGGAAAUAAAUAGCACGAAAUCUCGCUCGAAGAGCAAGCGCUGACUAAUAUUCUUUUUGAUACGCAGCUAUCUCUUUAAAGGAAACACUUAAUUAUUUAAAUAUUUUUGGAAUUAUACACUUCACCGAUAAACCAUCCUAUCUCAUCUGACAAUGGAAGUUAGGUGAUUAGGUGCAUCAGUCACUUCCGAUGCUGUUAACUGAGACAUAAUUGAUAACACUAUAAUAAUAAUAGUAAUAAUAAUAAUAAUGAUGAUGAUAAUAAUAAUAUAAUGAUAAUAAUAAUAAUCAUAAUAAUAUAUAAGGAAAUCAUGCGCUUAUUAAACAAAUACACAAUCAACAAAGAGGCAAGAUUUUACCAGCAAAUCUGGCAUAUGAUUGCACAAUAUUUGACCACUACAUUGAAUCGUGAUCUGAUGACACUUCUGCUAAAAUUUGGAUUCUCUAUUUUCAGAAUGGAGACGAAAGAAAACUCUGGAGAUUAUGCAAGACAUCGCUUAACGUAUUAUUACGUUAAAGAUUUUGCAUAAUCUCAACGAUGGUGAAAGAGUGGGAGAGAAAGGGAAGACAGACGAAGGAUAGAUGCGUCGAGACCAGAGAAACUUGGAUUGGUUUAACUUAUGAUACGAGCGAUUGUUAUUUUAGGCCGUCUAUA